AUGUAUAAAGUGACAGCAAGGAAUGAAUCACAUGCCGCACAGUUCACAGUCCUGUGUUUCUCUGAUCUUCCUCACCUUCAAGUUCCUCUUUUAAUAAUAUUUUUAAUUAUCUACCUUAACAUAAUCUUUGGAAACACUGCAGUUUUAUUCGCCAUUGUCUCCGAUUCUCAUCUGCACACUCCUAUGUAUAUCUUUUUGAGUAAUCUUUCAGUUCUGGAUAUUUCUUAUACUUCAACCAUUCUACCUAAUCUUCUUUAUAUGCUUUCUACUCAACACAAGAUCAUAUCACUAGCUAGUUGUAUAACACAGAUGUAUUUCUUUCUGUUCUUUGCUUGCACAGAAAUGAUCCUUCUUGCGGUUAUGGCAUAUGAUCGCUUUGUGGCAAUCUGUCAUCCACUUCACUAUACCUUACUCAUGAGUCCAAGAACUUGUCUUGUUGUGGUCAUCUCAGUAUGGAUUGUUGCACUAUUGGAACCAGUUUCCUUUACCAUUUUAGUUGCUAAUUUGUCGUUUUGUUCUAUGAACCAGAUUGAUCAUUUUUUUUGUGAUGCCACCCCAUUGCUAAAGCUUUCCUGUAGUGAUACUGCUCAUGUUAAUAUGACAACAUAUAUUUUAGGUGCACUGGUUGGCAUGAGCACAUUCACGCUGACAUUGGUAUCUUAUGUUUAUAUCAUAUUUAAUAUUCUGAAUAUUCACUCUGCAGCAGGGAAAAGUAAAACUUUCUCAACCUGCGCGUCCCAUCUCACCUGUGUGCUUCUGUUUUAUGGCUCUACUCUCUCUUUGUAUAUGAGGCCGACAUCAAUGUAUUCUCCAAAACAAGAUAAGUUUUUUUCUCUUCUGUAUAUCAUAAUGAUCCCAUUGCUCAAUCCUGUAAUUUACACUCUGAAGAAUAAGCAAUUUAAAGAUGCUUUUAAAAAAUUAAUACAUGUUUUAUGCUCUCAAAAAUAA